AUGAUUUAAAAUGUUUAACUUGUGGUACAUGCCCUACUUAGGGAGAAACAAUUCCACGAAUUCGCGUAACAAAAUGGCGAAACAUUUGAAAUUUUGCGGCAAAGAGUAACCUUGUAAUUUUAUUUACCAUACGCAUAAUCCCUUAUAUUAAUCUUUUGAGUAUAAACCAUAAUAAGAUAACACAUUUUCCUUAGAUAAACAGUUUUAAUUAAACCUUAUUUUCAUUUUAUGUGUGUAUUAGAAUUCCUCAUGGUCCAGACUAGGUGGCUUUUUGGUCUGUAAAAUAAUCACUAUUUCGUGGUAGAUAUUGGGCGACGACUAUCAGGGGGAGACAAAAUAUGUUAAGAUAGUUGAUCAUGAGAUUUAUAGAAGACAUUUUACGGAUAUAGAGUGUAUUAUUUAGGCAAAGAAAAUGCCGCGAAAACAAAAAUCUCAGAAAGCAUUAUCGACCAAUACUGAAGAAAGUAAAAGAAUUGAAAAGACAAAUGAAUCAGAAAAUUUGCCAGAUGCUGAAAAUGAUGUAAAAGAGAACGAUACAGCUAGUGAUAGUGACAAUGAAGAGGGGGGAACUACACCAAAGAAAACGGAGAAUCUACAAACAAUACCAAACAUAUGCAAGGAAUCUGUAGAGAAUAAAAAUGUCAAGGAGCAAAAAGCAGAAGAAAAUCAAAAGACCGGCUCUGCCCUAACAGCUGUAGCUGUUGUAGGUGCGGUAAUUUGUUGUGUUUUUGCUGUUGGGUACAUAACUCUCGGAAAUCCAAUUUCACGAAAUCAUAGUUAUCGGAGUGAAGAAGAGUUCAACGAGCAAAUCAAGGCAAUUAGAAAUAAUUUUACCAAUCAAGAUGAAUUUUAUUGGAGGUUUCUAACCAACAGUGGGUUAAGACAUUUACACAAAGUUCACAGCGGUAUCCUGGAUGAUUUACGGCCAAUGUCCCUAUUAAUUGCUGGUCACAGUGGAUCCAGUGGGACGUUAGACUGUUUUUUAAAGAAGCUAGCCAGUGCUUAUACUGAAGCAGAAUACGUUACAAUAAAUGCAAAUGAAUUUACGGAAAAAGUCCAGUUGGAUGAAAUGAUUAAAAAAAGCAUCGGUGACAAUCAGAAGGUUCUUGUGAUAAAGAAUAUCGAGAAGUUAAAUUUUGACUCGGCUACCUUGUUUAUGUCGUAUGCUGAUGAACAUAACGAUGUAGCAUCGUUUCCGCAAUCUACCUUGAUCCUAUCGACGCAACUCCCCGAUACGUACGAUAAAAACACGAAACGACACGAAGCGGAAGAAAAGGUAGCAAGCUUUCUAAAAAACACUGUGUGGAAAGGCAAUGAUAAGAAUUAUGUUGCUGCUCUUUGGACUAGAGUUGGAGACGGUACUGUUGUAAUAAGACCUGAAGAAAACAAUCCAUGUGCUGAAUGAUAGUUUUCAGUUUGUACUUGGUACUAUUAAUGUUUAUUGUCUUGCCCUUUUAACUCUAUUUUGAGGGUAGUUUACAAUAUAUUGUGCGCAAUUAA